GUCACUCCCUGAAGGCAGUCGCCACCUAGAGCCACAACGAUGGGGAUGCUGCGAGCCGUGCUGCUGACGGGGUCUGUGCUGGUGCUGCAGGUGCUUCUGACCGUUCCGCAUCAGGCCGAGGCCGCUUUGAGUGCGCAAAUCGUCAAUGAUCCAGACCACCCCAACACGUGCCUUAUAAGGGAAUCUGGCAUACGCGUGAAAGAAGGGCACACUUGGCAGACGCCGUACUGCCAGAGGGCAGAAUGCACAAAGUAUUCAAGUGAAGUCAUGGCCAUUCGUUACGUGACGUGCGCUUCCAUCGGUGUCCCUCCAGGCUGCAGACUGAUCAAAGACAUGGCACAGCCGUACCCGAGGUGCUGCGGGAAGGUGGUCUGCGGCGCCCGCAGUGGAUCCCGCCGCCCCUAACCUGCUCACCGUACACCAUCGUGCCUGACCUGACCUGAACCAACUCUGACCUGACCUUCUGGCUGACCGAAUUUUUGUCAUUAUCUGUUGUCAAAGAUGCCUAAUUGUUUGGAAUCAGCAUCUCUUUCAAUGCAGACGCUUUCAAAUCAUGACACAGCAGUACCA